AUGCCGCCUUCUUCACGCAAGGGGAUAGUCAAAUCUGGAAAUGUUGGGAACUCGUCAAAGGGAGCCCCCAAGACUCCAGAUCCUGAGAAGAAGGAUAGCUUGGAGAGCAAACCCCUUUUCCCACCUGGCUUCAAAACCCCAAUAAGUUUACUUCACGAGAGGUGCCAAAAGUUAGGGUGGGACAAACCAAACGUGGAGCCUCGCCGCCAUGGCGAGGGAUUCACUUGUUCAAUCACCCUCUCUCGAGAUCACAAAUCAGAGCGUGAGUCUGUUCGAUUCGUCCCCCACCCUCCGCUAUCCAGGCCGACUGCCAUCGAGGCAAAGCAUUGGGGAGCCACUUAUGCAUUGCACCGGUUUUCCAACAAUCUUCAGCUGCACAGACUGCUGCCGCCAGGGCCCCGAGAAUAUUGGGCGGAUCUCGAAGCAGUAAGGAGAGCUGCACCCGAGCAUCAGAAGUGGAUGUACGACUCCGAUCCUUUUUCGGCCCAAAAAUCUGUGAAAGUCCGCCAAGAAUUAGCCGCAAAGAAGAAGCAGAAAGAGGAAGAAGGGGGAAAUGCGGCAAGUUCGUCUGGCCAUAAUAAGGUUGAUCAUACACCCGAGGUUCGAAUGGCUGCGACCAUGCGAGACUCUGUCGAGAGAGUGAUUCGAGAGAUGGCAUCACGGUAUCCGGGAGUCAUUGCAGAGGACACUUACGCGCCAGAGGCACCAUCUUUUCGUCGAGUUGAAGUUGAGGCUUCUCUUCGCACAUUAGGUUUCCAGCGACAUCAAAUCGAGAAAGCUUUGAAUUAUAUUACUGCGCCCACUGAUAACCCAUCGCCAUACCUCGCCUCACUCUUGGCACUGCCGCCACUUGAUGCAUGUGUGUCAUAUAUGUUACUUCAUGUCCCGGAAUCGGAUCUUCCAGUUCAGUUCAAAUCUCAGCAGACUUCUUCCGAUCCCUUUGUGAGGAGUGGCAGCUCGAUGAGUGUCCCGCUUGCACUGCAGUGGUCAGCCAACCGUGCAAUGAAAGAAGGUGGCUGGCCCGAGAGGUCAGUGAUGGAUACCAUUCAGUCGGGCACCACGGACUGGGGCCUCAUCAUCGAAAAACUUGGAGGGAAACUUCUUGGUUAUGCUGCUGAAUUCGGUUCAGCUGGAGAAGGCGGUUGGGACAUGAGUGAGCGGUAUGCGAAACGUUUGGAAGAAAUCGAGGCUGUUCAGUCUGUCUAUCCCGAUGCUCAAUAUGAUGCAGAGAAGGCGGAGCUUAGUGUCCCACUCCCUAACAAUCCGGAUACUUACCUGAAUGUCGUCUAUUCUUCCCUCCAUCCGUACCCGAGCCCAAGCGCCCGCAGUCCUCCCUUGUUUAUUUCCUCCGCCAAGCGCCCAUCAUACAUUAGGCUUCAUCUGCUGUCACGGGUUCUCUCCGCUCUGCAGCCUGAUGGUGAAUUGGAGCCUUUAUUGCUAGCAGGAGAGGGAGCCGUGUUUGGAGCGAUUGAUGUUGCAGACAACGAGCUCCUUCGAAUACAGGAUUCGCCUCCCGAAGUUAGCGAUGUCAUGAAGCAUCUUAUUCAAGCAUCUCAAACUACGACAAUGGUUAGCAGAGGCAAGGACAAUCCGAAACCCCCGCGGAGUCGAGGUCGUUUCAAAGACGUUGUUUUUGAUGACCGGUCCGAAGAGGAUAUCAAGCGAGAAUUUGAACAAUCAAGGCAAUCCAAGGAAUACGCCCACAUGCUUGAUGGUAGAAUGAGGCUCCCAGCAUGGAACUCUCGAGACGAGAUCGUUCGUCUCGUUGACUCUUCACGCGUAGUAGUGGUGGUAGGUGAAACAGGUUGCGGAAAGACUACACAGCUACCCCAAUUCAUUCUCGAUGCCUGCAUCAGCAAAGGAUGUGGGUCUCAAACCAAGAUAGUCGUCACGCAGCCUCGUCGUGUCAGUGCCCUAGGCGUGUCAGCGCGUGUUUCUGCUGAAAGAAUGGAAGAUGGGAGUGUUGGCUACGCCAUCCGUGGUGAAAGUAGGCAGAACAGGCGCACCAAGCUUCUCUUCUGCACAACAGGUGUCCUCUUACGUCGCUUGACGACCUCAGGCUACCUCUCUGGUGUUAGCCACGUCAUUGUCGACGAAGUUCACGAAAGAUCGGUCGACAGUGAUUUUCUGCUUUUGGAGUUGCGCGAACUGCUGAAACAUAAUAAAGAAAUUAAGAUCAUAUUGAUGAGUGCCACUAUAAAUCAAAGCAUAUUUGUGGAAUACUUCAACGGUGCUCCCGUGUUGGAGAUACCCGGCUUCACUCACCCAGUGCAAGACAUCUAUCUUGAAGAUGUAAUCCCGAAGCUGAAGUACUUACCGCCCCCUGCCAAGGGAGCACCGAAGCAGACCGAAGAGCAACUAAAAGCUUUCCGGGAGGAGUUUGAGGCCACUGGGUUAGGCGCAUCCGCUGGUCAUGCCAUUGUAAAUUUCACGCGUUCCGACAGAUUGGACUAUCAUCUGAUUUCCAGCGUGGUGAGCUACAUCGUGCAAACAGCAGAAGAUCCUGACGGCGCAAUCCUCGUUUUCCUCACUGGCGUUCAAGAGAUUCGUCAAUGUAUGGAUGUUUUGCGGUCUUCUGAUGUCAACGAUGCUGCAGAGAUCCUCCCUCUACAUGCUAAUCUGUCGAGCGAUGAACAACGUCGCGUGUUUGCAAAGACCCCAAAGCGCAAAAUCGUAUUGGCUACUAAUGUUGCCGAAACCUCGAUCACAAUACCCGAAGUGGUGUACGUUGUGGACUGCGGAAAGGCGAAGGAAAAUCAGUACGACGUAGGGGCUGGGCUAUCCCGCCUGGUCGAAACCUGGGUAACAAAAGCAGCUGCGAAACAGCGCCGUGGUCGGGCUGGCCGAACUCGGCCAGGGAAGUGUUACAAGCUAUACACUCGCCAACGGGAAGCUGCGAUGAAAAACUUCCCAGUUCCUGAAAUCCUGAGAGUACCAUUGGAGUCACUGAGUUUGCAGAUCAAAGUGAUGCGUGAGAACGAGGAUGUACGGCUUUUUUUGGCCAAAGCGCUCGACCCGCCUAAGGUUGAGGCAAUAGACCACGCGUGGAAUGUUUUGGAGGAUCUUGGUGCCGUCGAUUCUGGGGGCAAGCUCACUGCGCUUGGACAGCAAAUGGCUCUUCUGCCCGUUGAUUUGCGUCUUGGGAAGAUGAUGAUCCUCGGGACCAUUUUUCGCUGUCUUGAUCCGAUUUUGACGAUAGCGGCAUGCGUCUCCUCGAAGCCACUAUUCUUGAGUCCCAUGGAUAAGAAAGAAGAGGCAAAUAAGGCUAGACUACAGUUUGCUACAGCAAAUAGUGAUCUCUUGACAGAUGUCACUGCCUACAAUAAGUGUAGAGCGUUCAAGGGACAAGGCAACACUCACAAUGCACAGCGUCGUUUCAUGGAAGAGAAUUUCAUAUCUGCAUCUAGCAUUCGAGAUGUCACUUCAUUACGACAGGACUUCCUCUUAGCACUCUCGGAUAUUGGGUUCAUCCCACUGAACGCUUCCGCGACGUCUCCCUAUCUAAACGUGAACAGUGAUAACACGAAUCUUGUGAAAGGGGUCAUAUUGGGUGGUCUUUGGCCUCGCGCCACACGUAUCUCCAUGCCGAAAGCAACGUUCGACCAAGUUGCCUCGGGAACAGUACAACGAGAUCACGUCGCGAAGGAGAUCAAGAUUUUCGAUAAGAAUGAAGGUCGGGUGUUCUUGCAUCCUGGUUCGGUACUGUUUGGAAACGCAUCGUACAAAUCGCCAUAUCUUGCCUAUUUUGCAAUGACGGCUACGACAAAAACAUUUCUCCGGGAUGCUACCGAAGUACCGCUCUACGCCCUUCUGCUUCUUGGAGGGCAAGUCACCAUAGAUCACAUCAAAGGAGGAAUCACAGUAGGAAAGCAAGGCUGGAUUAAGAUGCGAGCAUGGUCACGCAUUGGAGUGUUGGUCAACCAAUUGCGCCUUCUGCUCGAUGCUCAACUUCAGGAAUCGAUCGAGCAUGCGGAAAUUGCUGAUGUCGGGGAAAAUAACCCCGUCAUUCAAGCGAUGGUUGAUUUAAUUACGAAUGACGGCUUGGUUGGAGAUUGAAACUUCGUACAUGACCAGACUCUUACCCAGUUCGUUGUCGCUCCGUGGACGCGCGAAAUCUGAGCUUUUUUGUUACUAAGUACUUUUAUUCAAUACUAAAGUAGUCACGUUGGGAUUGAAGCACAUG